UCAUCUCUGUGGUCUGCUCAUGCCAUGCUUGAGCUACCACAGAACCCUACUUGUUGUCCUUGAUAGGCAGUUUGGCACCUCUCAGCAUCGAAGAUGAAGAUUGGCAAGGGCACGGAGCUCCUGAAGAAGGCAGCUUCGACAUGCAAGAACAAGAUCAGAACCGGCGUCGUCAUGGCCAGGCUCCGCAUCCUCACCUCGCCCCACCGCAGGAUGGCCACGAUCGGCGCCAUCUCUCACAGGAUCCACACUCUCAUUGUGGAAAAUCAGGAGAAGGGUGCCAAGGUGGACUACCACAAGACCUUGGUCCGCAAGGUCGAGAGGCAGGCAUGCCAUGGGAUGGUUGAUGAUCUGUUUCACCAUCUAGCACAGUUUGAUGAAGAUGAUGGUGUUGGUGGCUGUCCUAACUGGACACUUCACCCGAUCUUCAGCGACGGUGAUAAUUGUUGUUACACUUAUGGGUAUGACGACAAUGACGAUGAUGAAGAUGAGCCCUCGGUGGUGGAUCCAAUUAGGAGCAACCAGGAGGCUGCGGAGUUGGCAUUCAACAUGGACGACGAUAUCGACCAGGCUGCUUAAAUGUUCAUCAGAAGGUUCCGUGAGAAGAUGAACAAGAGCUUUUGAUGAGGUUUCAUUCCAUAUGUACCUUACACGAGUGUUACCACUAAAUAGGUGACACUAGGGAGUGAGAUCGAU